AUGGAAGGGGCAAAAGCAUAUACGUCGAGUCCACCAGAUUCCGCGGAUAAGGAGCCAGCUCUUAAAACGGCAUCAAAGGCUCUGGCCAACGAAGCACAAACCGUUCCGAAUGGUGGUGCAACAGCUUGGCUGCAAGUACUCGGAACUUUCUUCGUCUUCUUCAACACUUGGGGAAUCUUGAAUACAUUUGGGGCUUAUCAAACGUAUUACGAGACUGGAAAAUUGUAUACUGCAUCCUCCUCCAAUAUCUCCUGGAUCGGUUCAGUCCAGUCUUCUCUGCUCUUGCUACUCGGUCUUGCGACUGGACCGCUAUACGACGCUGGAUACUUUCGUACACUGUUGUAUAGCGGAUCAUUUUUGAUACUUUUGGGGCAAAUGAUGACCAGUCUUUGUCAUGAAUAUUACCAGGCACUACUUGCACAAGGCUUUUGUAUAGGAAUUGGAGUGGGUCUUAUCUUUAUUCCAGGGGUUGCAAUAUUAUCCACCUAUUUCAGCUCCAAAUUGGCCCUAGCAAAUGGCAUAGCUGCCGCCGGAAGUGGAUUGGUACUCCGUACUAAGUGGUCGAUUGCUGAUACUCUCUCGUCUGCAGGGGGGAUCUUGUACCCAAUCAUUUUCCACAAACUGUGCAGCAAGAUCGGGUUUGGCUGGACCGUACGAGCGAUAGGACUGGUCAUAUUCCUGACUUUGCUCAUUCCACUAUCGGCCUUCAGAGUCCGACUCAUACCGUCUAGCAAGAGGAAGCCGAUUGACUUACCUGCUUUUAAAGAACCAGCAUAUGUCUUCUUUGUCAUGGGUGGUCUACUUACAUUCAUUUCUUUGAACAUUCCUUUCUUUUAUAUUCAAUCUUACGGCCAAGAAAAGGGGAUUCCCGCUGAUGGGAUGGGAUUCUAUCUUCUUUCUAUCAUUACAACUGGGUCCGUUUUUGGACGUAUAUUCCCCAACUUCUUUGCCAAUCAGGUCGGCCCCUUCAACAUCAUCUCUCUAUGUACCAUUGUGUGCGGAGCUCUGAUGUUUGCCCUGGUGAAUCUAUCCAGUCUGGCGGGGAUGGUGGUUGUCUCGCUGCUCUACGGCUUCUUCUCGGGGGCUUUUGUUUCUUUGCCCCCCACUUGUUUUGUGCACCUUUCCCCGGAUCGAAGCCUGAUUGGAACUCGUAUGGGCAUGGGCUAUGCAACUAUGACAAUAGGCAACCUGAUUGGCACGCCAGUAGCGGGUGCUAUCUUGCAAAGUAAAGGGUUCAAUUCGAUGUGGAUCUUUGGGGGGAUUAUGUCGAUCGCUGGGGGAUUGACCAUGAUGGUUAGUCGCAACAUCCAAGGGGGUGGAAACCAUUUGCGAGGGUGUAAGAUUAGUGGACAUUGUUACGGUAUUCAAUAUUUUGAUAUGAGUAUCAUGUAG